AUGGACGCAAUCAAAAAAGUCUUUGCGCAAUGCAAGGAUGAAAAUCGUGCUGCUUUUAUCACGUACGUGACAGCUGGGUUUCCUACCGUCUCUGAGACACCUUCAAUUAUGCUUGCUAUGCAAGCCGGUGGUGCUGAUAUCAUCGAGCUCGGCAUCCCUUUUACAGACCCACUGACAGAUGGAUCUGUGAUUCAAAACGCAAACGCAGUUGCCCUCAAGAACGGCGCUCGAAUCCCUGAUAUGCUUUCAAUGGUCAGCGAGGCCCGUGCACUCGGCCUCACUGCACCGGUUGUCUUUAUGGGAUAUUACAACCCCGUUUACGCAUACGGCGAGGAGAAGCUGAUCCGUGAUUGCCGCGAUGUGGGCGUUAACGGAUUCAUCAUUGUUGACUUGCCUCCUGAGGAGGCAGUACGAUUCCGUAACCUGUGCAGACGGGAUGGACUCUCUUACGUCCCACUUGUCGCACCCGCAACAUCGGACUCUCGGAUCAAGAUGCUCUGCGAGAUCGCCGACUCGUUCAUCUAUGUUGCAUCCCAUAUGGGAGUGACCGGCGCUACCAAGUCACUCGAUAAAGGUCUCAAUGACCUACUUGAACGUGUUCAUCUCUACACAGGAAAAAACCUUCCGGCCGUUGUUGGCUUUGGGAUCAACACCCGCGAACAUUUCGUCGACGUGGCCCGCAUUGCAGAGGGCGUUGUCAUCGGAAGUCGACUUAUCACCGUGCUCCAAGAUGCCAAGCAAGGAUAUGGUGCAGAGAAGGUGAAGGAAUACUGCAUGUCUGUCACCGGCCGAACGGAGGCUAGGAAGAUCGAGGCUUCUACUUCUGCUUCCGGUAUUCCCGAUCACACAAAGGAUAUCCUCGCAUCAACCAACGGCACCGACAACACUGAAAACACUGAAAACACCAACGACUACAUGCGCUUCGGCCAAUUCGGUGGUCAAUACGUGCCCGAAGCUCUGAUGGAAUGCCUAACAGAGCUGCAGACAGGCUUCGACGAGGCCAAAACCGACCCAGCCUUCUGGGCCGAAAUCCGUUCAUACGCCGCAUACACCAACCGACCCUCAAGCCUUCAUCUCGCCUCUCGUCUAACCGAAUAUGCAGGCGGUGCCCGUAUCUGGCUCAAGCGCGAAGACUUGAACCACACUGGUAGCCACAAAAUCAACAACGCACUCGGACAAAUCCUUCUCGCCCGCCGCCUGGGAAAAACAGCCAUUAUCGCCGAAACAGGCGCAGGACAACACGGCGUUGCGACCGCAACCAUGUGUGCGCUUUUCGGCAUGAAGUGCACCAUCUUCAUGGGCGCAGAGGACGUGCGUCGGCAGGCGCUGAACGUUUUCCGGAUCAAGCUCCUCGGCGCGAACGUCAUUGCUGUACCAGGUGCACACGAAGGCGACAAGGGAACUCUGCGAGAUGCCGUGAAUGCAGCAUUUAGAACCUGGGUUACCGAUCUAAAGACUACACACUUCGUCAUCGGAUCGGCUAUCGGUCCGUACCCGUAUCCUACCAUCGUCCGCACACUGCAGUCCGUUAUUGGCGAGGAGACUCGUGAACAGUUCAUGGAUGAAAUGAACGGAAAGUUGCCCGAUGCCCUUGUUGCGUGCGUGGGUGGUGGCUCGAAUGCCUCGGGAAUGUUCUAUCCCUUCGUCAAGGACGAGAGUGUCGCCUUUGUUGGUGUUGAAGCGGCCGGUGAUGGCGUUGAUACUGAUAGACAUUCUGCUACUCUGGGAAAGGGAACUGUCGGUGUUUUCCAUGGCGUGAGAACCUAUGUACUCCAGGAUGCCGAUGGCCAGAUCACGUCUACUCAUUCCGUGUCGGCUGGCUUGGAUUAUCCGGGCGUUGGUCCUGAGUUGGCUUCUUGGAAGGAGUCCGGGCGUGCACGGUUCAUUGCGGCUACUGAUGAGGAUGCGCUCGGUGCUUUCCAGUUGCUCAGUAAGACCGAGGGCAUUAUUCCUGCGCUGGAGAGUUCUCAUGCUGUUGCGGGUGCUGUGAGAGUUGCGAAGGAGCUUGGACCGGACAAGGAUAUUGUUAUCUGUUUGUCCGGUAGGGGUGACAAGGAUGUUCAGACGGUAUCGGAUAUUCUGGCAAAGCUGGAAUAG